ACUUGUGAUCGCAUUUCAUUUUCUCCUAACCUCUUUAUUUAUCAAACACAAAGACUUUACUUCCUUCCAUCGUGAGCUAGCAACUAUAAGCGUACGUCGAAAAAUUAUAAACUUUCCAGAGUUUGCCAGAAUAAUGUACAAUAAUUUCAAAAUAAAAAGAUGACAACAGCUGCAAGAUUACGGGUCAUUCGCGCAGGUAUGUUCUUGCAUUUCUAUUUUAAAAAUCGGCAAUUAUGAAGCAUAUUUAAUGCCGUGUAAAAUCAAGGAGACAAGCGACUACAAAAGCGUCGCAUUAUUUACUUGAUCAGAUAAGUAACACAGGAAAAUUCGGUCAAGAUGUUGACUUUUGAACGUGGUUUAUUGACCGUAUUAAAACAGGUUGUUCGGCAUUAAAAACUGGCCGAACAAAUCGAUUAAAGAUCAAUGCCUUGCCUAUAUUUGUUUGGGUUUCGGCAUGGACAAUUACUCUUAAAAUAUUUUAUUGUUUUGGAAUGUUUUUGAAUGUUGCUAUUAUAUUAUAUGUCACAAUUAUAUUAUUUAAACCGUUUAUAUGUUUUGAGAGUAUUAAUCUGUUCUUCAUUUGUGACAUGGAAUGUAUUUUUCGAUAGCAACUGUUGACAUAUUAUAGCCUAUAUUUUUGCGGCAUACAUUUGGUUUAUUAUAAAUAUUAUAAACAAACAUAUUUUUUAUACAACUCUGUAUGAUUUUCUAAACUCCGCAUUUGCUGUGUUGUGACAGAAUUUUUUAUGGUUUAAAGUUUAAAAUCUGAAGUAUUUUGACAUUUGAUUGUCUAUAAAGGAAGUCAUAUUUAUUUAUAUCGUAAAAGCAUUUAAACUUAAAAGCCUAUUAUAUUAAAUUGUCAUUUUGAUAAUGCAUUGAAUUUCCUCUUGUUAAUAUUAAAUAUGCCAAAAGAGAUUUCCUAUUAAAUAUUAAUUUUUCCAUGUAAACUUAUUAAGCUACAAUACAUCCUAAUGUUUCCAUUUCAUCUUUUGGGACAAUCUGAGAAAAAUGUACGGAAUGAUAUAAUUAUACGUAUCUCAAAUCAAUUGUGUGAUAGCACACAGUCAAGUAAAAAUUGUCUGCUGUUAGACAGAGUAGCAUAACCAAGCCGCAAUGUGCCAAUUGCUGUUGAAAAUUGUGAGAACUGCAAAUGACAUGUGAUAAAUGAUAAUGCUGCUGGAAAUGAUAUUAUCAAUGAGAAUUUUUGUUGAUGAGGAUUUUAAAUUUGAUUCUUCUAAGGGCUUUGUUGCCACAAUAAUUAUGAACAGCGGGGUAUUUUUAAAAGAGAAACUGAAUUUAACUUUGAGUUAUUUUUUCUUUAUUAUUCUGAAUGCAUUCUAAAACGUGACUAUGUGACAAAUGAUAGUGCUCUAACAUUGUUAGUCUAAGUAAUUUUAGAACAAUGUCCAAAAGCUAUAAAUGCAAUGUACAUCAUGUUCUGUUUUUGAAAUAUUGAGAAAGACAAAACUACCAAAAUAUUGCUGUUGGUCUGCCAUCGAAAUGUAAAAUAUCAACAGCAGUUUUUGCAGAUGAGGAUUAACCCAUUAAGCUGCAGAGCUUCCCCAUUGACAAGUAAAAUCGUCUGGUGUUAGACAAGCAGAAAAAUAAGUAGGGCGCACUGGGGCACAUUGCGGCUCAGUGGGAACAACUAACAGAUUUUUUGGUUAUACCCAUUAAGCUGCAGAGCUUUCCCAUUGACAGCUUUGUUGCUUUUUCUGACGGCUUUGUUGCUACAGUAAUUAUGAACAGCUGGGUAUUUUUAAAAGAGAAACUGAAUUUAAUUUUGAGUUGUUUUUCUUUAUUAUUCUGAAUGCAUUCUAAAACAUGACUAUGUGACAAAUGAUAGUGCUCUAACAUUGUUAGUCUAAGUAAUUUUAGAACAAUGUCCAAAAGCUAUAAAUGUACUGUACAUCAUGUUCUGUUUUUGAAGUAUUGAGAAAGACAAAAUUACCAAAAAAUUGCUGUUGGUCCGCCAUCAAAAUGUAAAAUAUCAACAGCAGUUUUUUUAACCCAUUAAGCUGCAGAGCUUUCCCAUUGACGAGUAAAAUCGCCUGGUGUUAGACAAGCAAAAAAAUAAAUAGGGCGCACGGGGGUGCAUUGUGGCUCAAUGGGCUAACCCAUUAAGCUGCAGAGCUUCCUCAUUGAUGAGUAAAAUCAUCUGGCAUUAGACAAGUAAAAAAAUAAGUAGGGCGCACUGGGGUACAUCGCAGCUCAAUGGGUUAAUCAAAAUUGUAAGGACUGCAAUGGAGUGCCUUGCAACUUGGAUCAGUGUUCACUUGAAUUUGAAUUUAUUGAAUUAGUUAUCAGCUUUACAGUGACAACAGGAGAAAGAAACAGGGCAAAGCCCCAAUUGACAUCAAACCCCUGACGGCUAAAAAACAUGAUAAAAUAUUAAUAAUAAAAUUAGUGGUACAGGUAUUGCAGUUAUGCAGUACAUCCUAUAACUAUUACUUUUUAUUCCGAGCCACUCAAAUAUUUUUGAAAACAAUUUCCCGAUAAAUCCGAGAACAAACAUUCCUGAAAAUUUUGACAUGAAAACAUGAUACAGUUUUUGGGAUGAGAGAAAGGGUGUUACUAAUUAAGGGGAGGGGUAAUGUGUGGGGGUACCAAUCCUGAAACAUGAGAAAUAUAAUAUCCAGUGACCUUAAAACAUUAAAAAUAAAAGGUUUAGCGCUUAGGCCAUAUAAAAUAAAUUCCUUGAUUCUCAUCACCGCCCGACAAUAUUUUGGUUUCCGCGUUGAUAUAUUUUUGUAUUUUGUUAUAAAAUAUAAAUUUACCGCCCGACCGAGCAUCAUCAGAGAUUUAGUUAAUUUUAUAUUUUAUAUUGGAAUUUUUGCGAUAUAAAAGUGUUUUAUCAUAUUGCAACAUGUUCAGGGAUGCUUGGAAUACUGAAGGAAAAAAUGGGCUUAUAGCCUUAUUACAACGAUUUGUGUGGACCCUUAUGCACUGUUCAUUAGUGCAUGUGCAAUAAUCCACUUAUAUUAGCGUUCUUCUAUAAUAUAUUUAAGGGCAAAUAUAAAAAGAUGUCCCUCUCCAAUUUUUUAAAUUUUAAACUUUUUUUUAUAUUUUGACAUAAAAUAUAAAAUAUAAACCUCCCGCCUCUUGGGACUUUUUAAAAUUUAGCGAUGAAAAUCAAGGAAUUUAUUUUAUAUGGCCUUAUGUAAAAUAACAAAUUUAUUAGGAACCUGAAAUACGUACUGUAAAAGGAGCAUUAAAAUGUAAGCAACAACCAUAGUAAGCAAAGGCAAAUAACAGUCCGUACUGGGUGUGGGUUACAUUUGCAUUCAUGAUUUAUGAAAUUUGAAACCUGCAUUUCCCAAUCAAAACAUAGCUAAAAUCAAGACACAAAUGAUGGAAGAUAUUGUCCAGAAAGUCUUCAAAUACUGCUAAAAAUGGAUAUUAUAUAUGCUAAUACAGUACAUGCCAUCCAUGACAGGAUUAAAAAAUGUUUAAAUUAACCCAUUAAGCGCCAGCGCUCUCCUCUUGACGAGUAAAAUCGUCUGGCGUUAGACAGAGUAAAACACUAAAGUAGGGUGCGUCAGGGUGCAAUGCGACUCAAUGGGUUAAAAAAAGAUGACUGAACGAAGAACAAAUUAUGAAAUUACCCCAACACAGAGCAGAAAAAUACCCUAUUAAUUACCCCCUUUAUUAAUGUGUUACCAUUUUUUUGUUCUCAAUUAUAGUGACCCUACUGUUGCUGUUAGCAAGAGAGUCUGUAUCGAUAUUGUUUAACAAGACUUCAUACAUUGAAACAAAGCCUUUAGACAUUACAAAACGAUUUACUCUAUCGUUCAGAACUUGUGAGGGCGGUAGCCUUCUACGACAAAUUGGGAAUAAUGGUUACUUUGAACUUGCAGUUUUGCCUGGAGUAGUGGACUAUGGAACAAAUCGAUUCACUGAAAGCUCAUUAGCGUUAAGAUGGAGAACAGCUGGUAGUCUUAACUUGACAGUUUUAAAUGUUGGCAACAAGUCGGAUCAAAAUAUACCAUAUCAUGUAGUGUUUACACCUAGAACUGCCAGUCUGAAUGCAACGUUGUCUGUCAGUCUUGGUAGUAAGGUAUAUGUAGUUGACGUUCCUCAUACAAUAUAUAAUGUUGUUGGCAAAAAUUUGACCCUAGGGCAAGGGUUUAUUGGUUGUAUUACAUUUGGAGACAAAUUUGAUGUUGUAAAUGCAACAAAACGAGUUGGGACAUCAAAAGAUUGCCCUUUGGAUGGCGGGGAAAGAUGCAAUCGCAAAGGUAAGACGGCUGAAUAUGACACGUAUUAAAGGCUGGAUUUUGAUGGAAAUAGUGGGGGAGGUGCGGUGGUUUAGCUCACGACCCCCAUGGAAAGUUAGGGCUUAGAACGGGUCAAAGUCACAUAGUGUACAUUAUAACUGUACAACUCAACCAAUUUUACCCUUUAUUUAAUACAAUUACUACAAAGUUUCUUUCAAAACAUUGCAUUGAAAAAGGGUACUUGACACAGAGAUAAUUGGCUAUCACUGUUUCAAUUUGACAGAAAAAAAAAACUUUCUUACGAAGUGUUGACUCUAAGCAACCAAAAAUGUCAAAUUUUCACUUUGAUUUAUCAUUGCAACUUUCCCAAGGGGAGGUAGGUGCAUGACUUUUCAGAGGAGGUGCAAAAAUUCUAAGGGGAGGUGCAAAACAAUCUCGGGGGAGGUACGCAUUCCCCCACACCUCCCCUCAAAAUCAGGCCAUGAUAUACAUGUUUGUUGUUCUGUUACUUUUUACAAUUUAUCUUUUGUCUAUAAAGAUAUGUGCAGUGACUGGAUAUUUGCUGUAGCUAGCAGUCAGUACAAUAGAUUCGCUUGUUAAAGUGCAGUACUGUAUGUUUGAAAAUAGGACUGUAGAUAUAACAACCUCGACAUGUUUACGUAUCUAACCUUGAUAUUUAAAGCAUUCUGAGUAUUUUCUCAUCAGCUCACAAAUCAAUUAAACUAUUUCAAGAAAUAAACACGUUCUAACACUAGAAGUUUUACUAAAUACAUCUCUAUUCAAAAAGCUGAAAACGCAUCGCUAAACAAAUAAUAAUAUACAGUAUGGUCAAGUACAUUUUUAUUAGGGUGGCGCUGGACUUCUUUAGUGGAUGCUAGCCAUCACUAGGUUGGGUGUCCCCCCCCUGCACGCUCACAGUAAAUCUGCCCCUGCAAUUUGUAAUUGUGCAUGUUAUAAAUAGACAAUUCCCAUUACAGAUUAAUUUUAUAACUAGGCAAGGAGAUGCAAAUAAAUCACCACAGCUGGAAAGAGCAUACUAAAAUGAGUAAAACCGCAAAGUUUGGUUUCGAAAUGUUGUAAAAAGCAGAAAAUAUAGCCUUGCAAAGUUCGCAAAUUUUGUAUACUUUUGUAUUGCGUGCGGAAAUUGCUACCACAUUUGGGCCGAAAUGGUUAGCAAUUUCCGCACGCAAUAUACAAAAGUAUACAAAAUUUGCAAACUUUGCAAUGCUACUGUAUAUUUUCCGCAUUUUAUACCAUUUCGCAACCAAACUUUGCAAUUUUACUCAUUUUACUAUGCUCUUUCUAGCUAUGGUGCAUGAUUUAUUUGCAUCUCCUUGCUUAGUUUUAAAAUUAGUCUAUAAUGGGAAUUGUCAAUUACACACAAAUACAGUAUGUUGUAAUGUACAUGUAUCUCUCUUUGCAGCAUGUCCUGACGGCUAUAAAGGAUACUAUUGUGAAAUUAAUAUUGACGAUUGUGCUUCGUCGCCUUGCCACCACGCCUCAAGAUGUUUAGACGGGAUAGCAAAUUACACGUGUCAGUGUGGUCCAGCAUGGUCGGGCAGAAAUUGUGACGAACUGAAAAACGAAACAUUGUGCGAUGAUAAUCCAUGUUUACACAACGGCAUUUGUAGCCUUGUAUCGAAUUUUAAUAAUUAUACAUGUACUUGCCGUGUCCCUUAUACCGGUCGGAAUUGUAACGAGACUCUGAAUCCUUGUGGAAGUAUGCCGUGCCAAAAUAACGCAACGUGUACAAAUGUGAGAGACACUGAUUUUUAUUGCAAAUGCCCCAAAGGUAAGUUUAAUGUUAAGUUUAAUUUUGUCGAGUUUUGUGGAAACCAAAAAGCAUGUGAAAUUGUGACACAUCUGCAUGUCUGCAGAUUAAUUGUGCACACACAAAAAUCUCACAUCUUGUAACAAGUUAAUCAACAAGCCGUCAACAAGUUGUCUUCGCAUGUCACAAGUUGUCAACAAGUUUGGAACAAGCUGUUAACAGGCUUGUUACAAGGUUGUUCCAACAAGUCCGAUACAGUCAUGAUAUAACAGACAGUAUUGUUACAACCUUGUGUCGUCAACCUUGUAACAUUCUUGUUUAUCAUGACUGUGUCACACUUUUUUUUCUGUGUUAGUGCAAUGCACUCAGGUGAAUAUGAUGCUUGUGAUGAUACUCUGAGUGUAUAUCCACACUGGGAAGGCUUGAAAAAUAUGCUUGCAUGGCCACGGUGGGAAACGACCUUUAGAACAACCUUGUGACAAGUCUGAUAAUGCCAUCAAGCUUGUUGCAAGUUGUUGACAGCUUGAUCCAAACUUGUUACAACAACUGGGAACAAGCAGUGCGAAGACAACUUGUUGACAGCUUGUGAACAGAUUUGUAACAGCUUGUUUGCAGACUUGUAACAACUUGUGCGUUUUCACUGUGUACUAAAAACGUGUGUUAUCACACGUGAAAUCGCACAAGUUGUAACAAACUUGUAGCAGACUUGUAGCAAUGCUGUUCCAACAACUUGUCAACAGGAUGUGUUUGCACUGAUUGUUCCCGGCUUGUUGACAAGUGUUCAACGGCUUGUUGGCAAUUUGCUACAAGGUUGUUGAGCUCAACAGCCUUGUUACAAGUUGUUCCAACAACUUGUUAUUGUCUUGCAAUUCCACACUUUGUCAGCAAGUUGCAAGUGACAACCUUGUGGCAACUUGAUAAAAUAACAGCAUUGUUACAACUUGUUGACAAGCUUGCUCCAAGCCUGCUGCGAACACAUCUUGUUGACAAGUUGUGAGUGACAACCUUAAGUUGUAGCAACUUGAUAAAAUAACAGCAUUGUUACAACUUGUUGACAAGCUUGCUACAAGCUUGUUGCGAACACACGAGUUGUACAAUGUAUAUAAUUAUACAGUAUAUUAAUACAGUAUAAUCUGUACACAUACAUGUUUCGGCGUCUUACACGCGUAAAAACCUCACAUGUUGUAGCAACAUCACUGUUCAUGACUGUAUCAGACUUAUUGGAACAACCUUGUCACAAGUCUGAUUAUGCCAUCAAGCUUGUUAAUACAAGUAGGUACAAGUUUAUCAGUGCAGUACGACCAAUAUUACACGUAUAUACAAUACGUUUUCCUAUAUUAAUAUUCGCUAACCAGGCUGUCAAAUUAAUAUAUUCCCACCAUAUAUUUUCAGGUUUUACUGGAAAACGUUGCGAAAGCGACAUCGAUGAUUGCGCGCGUGUUGACUGUGGUCAUGGACGAUGCGUUGAUGGAAUUGCGACGCAUGCGUGCAACUGUACUGGCUCUGGUUACACUGGACUUGACUGUAAACAAGGCAUCAAUGAAUGUAUGCACACUGGCACGUGCUUGAACAACGCCAUGUGCUCAAAUUAUGCUGGAGGGUUCUUGUGCACGUGCGUCGGUGAUUACCGAGGCACAAAUUGCGCGGAAAAAAUUGAUGAUUGCGCGUCAAAUCCUUGUAAAAAUGGUAAGAAUUUCGAAUUUGUUCAUUGUCACGUAAAAGUCUCACAACUUGUCAAAAAGUUGUGUUCGCAACAGGCUUGUAGCAAGCUGGUCAAGAAGUUGUAACAAUGCUGUUUUUUAUCAAGUUGCUACAAGGUUGUUGAUUCGCAACAUGUUAACAAAUUGUUGAAUUGCAUGAUGAUAAAGAGUUGUUGAAACAACUUGUAAGAAGUCUGUUGAGCUCAACAACCUUGUAGCAAAUUGUGAACAGGCAGUGUUAACAGUUUGUUGGAACAGCAUUGCUACAAGUCUACUACUGCAUGUUUGUUACAACUUGUGCGUUUUUACGUGUGUAGAUUUCGCGUGCGAUAAUAUAAAGUUACACAUGUACAGUAAGAACGCACAAUUUGUUACAGUUCUGCAAACAAGUUGUUACAAAUCUGUUCACAAGCUGUCGACAAGUUGUGUUCGCGCUGCUUGUUUCUAGUUGUUUCAAGUUUGGAACAAGCUGUUAACAACUUGAUACAAGCUUGAUGGUAUUAUCAGAAUUUUUUCGCGCAAAGCGAAAAACAAAUUUUGACUGUGGUUGGUCAGCGAAAAAAUUCGUCGCGAAAACGUUUGAUCAGUUCCUACUGUUCGCGCAAAUUCGCCUAGUGGAGAACGGGCUUUAACAAGUUUGAUACAGUCAUGAUAUAACAAGAAUGUUACAAGUGUGACGACACAAGGUUGUAACAAUAUUGUUAUAUCAUGACUGUAUCAGACUUGUUGGGGCAACCUUGCUGCAAGUCUGAUAAUAUCAACAAUAGAGCUGUGCAAACUCCGGUUAUUUUAGCUCCGGGUCCGGCAGUCAAAACUCCGGCUCCGGCAAGGAAAUUUCAUCUUUAAAAGUAGAAGCAGGCGAAGUAUUUCAGUGUAAUUUCAGAAUUUAUUUUAUUCCUUUUUGAGCUUUCUCCUCUACUUAUCAAAUAUACAUCCUUUGGUGCUUGUUUAAACAAUGUUUUGUAGAAAGUAAGACCUCGUGGCAGCGUGGUAUUUUCGCCCAAAAUACAUCGGGGUCAGCGGAUUUUUGUAUCAAAAGCGAUAGCAAUGCGCUUGCAGAAUUUGUGAAGCCACGAAUCAGAUUGGAGCAAGUAAUUAAACUUUAUAGCAACUUCAAAUUGUUCAACUUAAUUUUUCCAUUACCAAAAAUUCAUUGAAAUACUGUAUGAAAUAAUUUUUCAUAAUUUUGUCUGCCGGAGUCUUUGCCGGAGUUUUCCAACUCCGGCAAAGUAUGCCGGAGCUCCGGCUCCGGUACUCCGGCUCCAGCGCACAGCUUUAAUCAACAAGGUUGUUAGAACUUGUUACAAGUUGCUAUAAGAUGUGAGAAUUUUUACGCGUGUAUCUGAGCAUUAACUGAUUUGGACAAAUUUUGUUUUUAUAAGGUGGUAACUGCACAGACUUAGCAAAAGACUUCUCCUGUCAUUGUGGCCCGGGGUAUUCUGGAAAGACGUGUGAGACGAAACUGCACGAUUGCAACGUGAUUGGCUGUACGGCUUGUCACGUGGCACCGUGUAACCAUGGCAACUGCUCCUGCAACUGUACGGCAAAGGCGAUGUAUUAUAACUGUAGCUGCAACGAAGGAUAUACUGGCGUGAAUUGUGAUCAAGAUAUAAACGAAUGUAUGAGUGGUUCAAUUCCCUCCAACAUAUGUGGUGAUAAUGGCACGUGUAGGAAUACCAAUGGCAGUUUUAGAUGUGAGGUGAGCAAAUGUUUGAUGCGUAUACAACAAAGAUCGUCUAUGUAAUGCAUUGACUUUUACCCCUUAAUCGAUUUCACGUGAUUCUUCGGUUUGUUUACGUUAUUUCUAUUUUCAAAGCUUGGUUACGUGACUCUCUGCUUUCUUCACGUGAUUAUGUAGUUUGUUCACAUGAUUCUUUGGUUUGUUCACGUCAUUGUCUAAUUUGUUCACAUGAUUAUCUAAUUUAUUCACAUGAUUCUCUAGUUUGUUCACGUGAUUAUCCAGUUUGUUCACGUGAUUAUCUAGUUUGUUCACUGAUUAUCUACUGUAAUUUGUUCACGUGAUUAUUUUGUUUUUUCUACAUAAUUCUCUACUUUGUUCACGUGAUUAUCUAGUUUGUUCACAUGAUUCUCUAAUUUGUUCACGUGAUUAUUUGGUUGUUUUUACAACUUGUAGUGUUCGGAAGGUUUCACUGGCAAACUCUGUAACGAAACCGAAGGUCCUUGCAAUCCAAACCCUUGUGCAAACGGGCUGUGUCACAGAAUUAACAUUACGGUAAACUCAUCGCUGGACAGCGGUAGUUCGAGCAACAUUAGGGAAACCUAUAACUGUUCAUGUUACCCGGGAUGGAGAGGUGUAAAUUGCACCGAAGAUAUUGAUGAGUGUAUGGAAAAUAUUGGUAUGAUUGUUUAUUCUUCUAUAUUAUCACAUUACUACACGCGUAAAAAGCUCACAUAUCAUCUUGCAGCAGGUCUGCCAACAAGCCGUCAAUUAUUGUUACAACCUUGUGUCGUCAACCUUGUAACACUCUUGUUAUAUCAUGACUUUAUCAGACUUGUUAGAAUAACCUUGCAACAAGUCUGAUAAUGCCAUCAAGCUUGUUACAAGUUGUUAACAGCUUGUUACAACAACUGGGAACAAGCAGUGCGAACACAACUUGUCGACAGCUUGUGAACAGAUUUGUAACAACUUGUUUGCAGACUUGUAACAACUUGUGUGUUUUUACGUGUAUAGUUUAAUGUUGGAACUCUAUUUCAGUGACACGUCAGAUGUUGAGGCUUCCGUAGUCAGAGCACACGCCUUUCACCUCUGACAUCGUGGGUUCGAUUCCCGUUGUGGACGUUCAAUGAUGUCCAUGUGAAAAGAGUGAGUGUGAACGUUCUGCCGAAAGUCGUGGGUUCUCUCCGGGUACUCCGGUUCCCUCCCACAGGGAAUGUUGACAGGGUUGGCUGGGAUUAAGCCGCUAAGCUGAGAUUAUCCCUCAAACUGACCCUUCCACCGUACAGUAGCUGUGCUUCGUGAUCAGACAUGAGUCAUAAGGUGGCUGCCAGAGGCGCCCUCAGAAAGCCUUGCACUCGACCACGUUGAGCUGUGCCCUUCGCAAUUCAGCUUAGCUCUCAGCUGCAAGUAAUGAUAAUAAGCACACAUUCCUACUUACACCCACCAGGAUUUUUUUCAGGAUUUUCUCUUGGGUCAGUUUUUGCAGAGAAGAUUGAGUUUAGCUGAGGUGGCUGCACUAACCAGGGGGCUGACACUUGUACUUAAUGUGUUAAAGCAGGGGCACUGAAGGACACUAUAAGACACUAUAAACUGGUUAAAGAUGGCGAAUGCAUAUUAGUUUUUCUUGUGUUGUGAGAUGAAUUCCAGCCAUUUUUUCUUAAUUGUCGGGUUUCCAACUGAAAACUAAUUUCCACACAUCACGAAUUUAACUGAAACAACUUCAUUUUUACUGCACUGAAACUUUGGUGAGAAGAUUGAGUUUCAAAACUCAAUUCAAGAUUGAGUUUUUGGGGCCGUUUAACGGCUCUAAAAAAUCCCUGAAAAAAAUCCUGCCUACUUACAUUUAAAAUGUUCUAUCUCCCCAGAUUCAUGCAACAAGACGAUAAGCACGUGUAUGAACACCAUCGGAAAUUACAAAUGUCAGUGCGAUUUGGGCUACAAAGUCGAAGGGAAGCAGUGUAAAGAUGUUAACGAAUGCGACAGCAACCCAUGUGCCAACAGUGGGAUUUGUAAAAAUACCGAUGGCAAUUAUGUCUGUCUUUGUCACAAUGGUUUUACAGGUAUGUUAUUUAUGAUUUAUGAAUCAUGAUUUAAUAGUUAUUCCGUGAACUCGAGUCGUAUACGAGCUGAUAUUUGCCUAUAUCAGCCAAAUAAUCACCGAGCCUUCUGUGUAAGUCUUUUUUGUUUUUUUGGACUGAAUUUAUUUUAAUUUCGCUUAUUCCCUUAUCAGUAACUUCCACAACACGGCUAGACGCCAUUUUGAAAAUUUCGGAUUUGUUAUAUUCACCUGCAGGUGAAUAAAACAGCUUAAUACGUCAGAUUUGACCUAUUAACUUGUAGGAUUUGUUAUAUUCACUUGAAUGUGCAAAAAUACUAAUGGUUAAAUAUUAUUGUUUAGGUAAAAAUUGCUUGAAAAAUAUUGACGAUUGCCUUGUGAACGACGGACAUCAAGAUUGUCAAAAUGGCCAAUGUGUAGAUGGAAUUGCGACAUUUACAUGCGAAUGCGACGUUGGCUGGAGAGGGGGAUUCUGUGAUGUAGACAUUAACGAGUGUUCACUUGGUUACUGUGAUAAUAAUGCCACGUGCAACAACACGGAUGGCAAUUACACGUGCGCAUGUCAAGCUGGAUACACGGGUCGUAAUUGUUCGACGGAUAUCGAUGAAUGCGCAGACUCACCAUGUAACAAUGGGACGUGUAAGGAUAAGGUAGGUUUAAAACAAUUUUAGAAACUAAUUUGUUUAUUGAGUCGGUGAAAAUGGUUUUUCCAAUCAUUGUGAUAGAUUGAGGCAGAUUGAGCAGCUCAGAGCCAGAAUGAGAAGCUCAAUGGUUAAGAAAUAGCUGAGAGACAAAUCAAUCAGGGGUUGAAAUUUUAAAAAAAAUUUAAGCGCCAAAAAAUAUCUGGUCUUUCCUAGCCUGCGAACAGGCUUUCUUUGAACUCUCUUUCAAAGAGCCUGUUUGCAGGCUAGGUCUCCCCAUAUCAUCAAUUUCUUGUGAAGUAUUCUCUUUCCAUAAGGGUAACAUAAAAAACCCGGUUGUUUAAUCUGUUGGCAAAGCAGAAUGAAAUAUUUGGUCACUGAAAUAUUUUAGGGCCUUAGAAUUACUUAAUUCUUUUAGUUUCUCCCGGUCGCCGCGAGCGUUAUCUUUGGCAAAUAUCUGGUCGCCAGAUGAAAAAUAUGCUCGCAAUUUGCGACUUGAUUUCCCGUCCAUUUCAGCCCCUGGAUCAAAUUGACUCGAUGGGUUGGGGUAUAGGGGUUAGCUGGGAGCUUAAGUAAACUAGCUUUAAUCGCUAAGAGCCAAUUACUGGACAUGCAGAGCUAGUGCAGUGGCUUGAUAGUUUGCCACCAACCAUCAGGGACGCCGGAACGAUAAUAGGGCAAAGGGGGGCGGACGCACACCAAGGGCACCUUUACUGAAAAAUUUUUGUUCACUGCAAAAUUUUUUGGCGACCUCCCUCCCCCCCCCGUCGCCAAAAAAUUUCGGUCAGUGUACCAUUUUAGAAGUCAAAAAUUUUUUCCGGACAUACAAAAAUUUUCCGUGAAGCCAAAAACUUUUUCGGAUAUCUUAAAUUUUCGCCAUUUCUUCAAAAUAUUUUUCUAAAUUCCCAAAAUUUCCCAACAUUUUUAUAAAUAUAAACUAUAAAUUACCUGAAUCUCGUGAUUUUCCUACAAAAAGCAUCGUUGGAAAUGUGAUUUAUCACGUAUUAUUUUACAACUAAAAAGGGCACUUCUGCCCCCCCUAGCAAAAGGCAAGGGGGGCAGCCGCCCCCCCUGCCCCCCCAGUUCCGGCGUCCCUGCCAACCAUAGACUUGUUUCAACCCGGUCUAAGUAAGUAAGUAAGUAAAAACUUUAUUUGACUACGCUGACCCCUACAGCAAAAGCUGAUUUCCAAGAGGGGCGUCGAUUUAAAAAUUUUCAAAUAUUACAAUCAUGCAGUUACAAUACAAAUAUAUAAAUACUAGACGGACAGUUGCAAUUACAAAUUCAAUUACAAUUACAAUCAUUACAUCUACAAUAAUUUACUGAUUAGAGUUCACAAAUUUGUCUGAUGAAUUCAUUGCCUGUUCGCACCCAAUAUUGUUCUGAAUUACUUGUUUUAAAAGUACAAUUUGCAGAGAAACAUGGAAAGUAAAGAACAAGUUAAGCCCGUUUUCCUAAAGGGGAAUUUGUUCGCGCGAAGCGAAAAACAAAUCUUCGCAAAGUGAUUACUCAGCGAAAAAAAUUCGCGGCGAAAAGUUGGAUCAGUUUUUACUUUUUUACUAUUCGUGCGAAAUGGAAAAUGGGCUUUACUUGUUGUUGCACAAGAGGUUAAAUUAGGUGUUUUAUAUUUUAGAUCAACGAUUUUGAUUGUGAUUGUUCUCCGGGCUACGAAGGAAAAUCAUGUGAGAUAGAUAUUGAUUGGUGUAGCCCCGCAAGAAAUGGCGGUUCUGUACCAUGUGACUAUGGAAUAUGUCAAGAUGGUCUACUCAACUACACAUGUCGUUGUUUUGACGGGUUUUCUGGCCGGAACUGCAGCAUAGAUGAAGAUGAAUGUGCCAGUGUGCCUUGCGCAAAUUCUGGUAUCUGUGUUCAAAAGUCGAACGCGACCGGGUUAAAAAUGUAUUUUGGAGCUGAUCGUGUUUAUCCCAAGAACGAAAGGUACAUGUAUGAGUGUUGAUCAUUUGUUACUUGUUGUCUUCAAUGCUCUACCGAAAUUCGUGAACUUUUUAGUGAAAGGUUGGGUAAAUGAAAAACAAAACAACUCAAGGGUUGGUUAAUAAACAUUUAUUGUCAUUUCCAAAGCAUGACUCGCUGAAAUAUAUGAGACUAAAAAGCAAUGUCAACAGUCACAUGUCAGUACAAUAUGUAAAUCAAUCAAUCAGAGUCACUAUCUUGAUCGUUUUCUCAUUUGUCAGGAGGCAAAUGGUGUCUCCAAACAAAGUAUGUACAUGUGCAGACAACACGAAACUUUUACACUGCAGAAAAUUGCACAAGCAGUUAGGGGCCAUUCACAAAGGAUGUCCGGCCAAAUGAUGGAUUUUCAGACCCCCCCCCCUUCCCCCCUUGUCCAGCAUUGUCCGAAUUACUGGACCCCUCCCCCCGGACAUCCGCCAUUCCUCGCAAAAAAACUCACGCAACUUUGUAUAUGUUAGAACUUUUUUAUAACUAUAAAUGUGAAUAUAAAAACUUAUAAAUUAUUAAUUAAAACAAACAACUGUGUUACUGCAAGUCUGCAACAACGGGAUGAACUUAUUGUAUAGAAAAGGACAGUUAUACAUGAAGAAAGCUUUUAUUUGACGCCACUGUUAAAUUCAUCAUUGAAGGAAAGAAUUAGAUAAUAUUAUGAAGUGUUCAAAAUGCCAAUUUCACAAUGGGAAAGAGAGUUCAAAAUAGAGGAAAAAGAAAUUUGGUUUUGAAUUUUUUUAAAUUUCGGACAUCCGGAUUGCUAACCUCCCCCCUAUGUCCGAGUUUGUCCUGAUUUUCCAACCCCCGCCCCCCCUCUGCUCGGACAUCCUUUGUGAAUGGCCCCUUAUCAAACUCAUGUCACAGAAGUGGUAAAGGACGUGUGUGACAACUAAAUGGUAUUCUUUUGUAAAGCUUUUUAGCCAGGGGAGCGUAUUUAUUUUUUAAUCGAUAUUUGAAGUUGGAUAAAAAAAAUUUUGGAUCAGCGAAAUGUUUCACCAAAAAGCAUUUCUCUUUGGUGCCUCUCGCCGCCAUAAAUACAGUAAUGACCUUACUAUCACACCAUGACGCAAUGCUUGCUUAACUCACAGUUUUUGGUCUUUGAAAUCCUUGAAAUUCAGCCUUUGUAAGGUCUUUGAAAAGUCUUUGAACUGUGUGAAAAAGCGAAGAAAGUCUUUAGAAAUCUUUAAAAUCUUUAGUGAUUACUUGAUCAUACGAUUUCUAAGCUGAUAAAACAGAUUGAUUGAAGCAAGAUUUUCGCAAAUAUCGACGAAAAGGUGCAUUUUAGGAUGUGAUUUGACGGGACUAUUUACCGGGUAAAAAGGGUGCUUACAUUCGCAAUUUUUCGACAGCUGAUUGCUCUCAAAUUAAGGUCUUUGAAAAGUCUUCGAAAAUAGGAAGAAAAAAAAUUUUGAAAGUCUUUGAAUAUUUUUGGUCUUGGAGAUUACGAACUCUGUUCUAAAUGGUGUUUUUUCGCCAUAUUCGUUUAGUGGCGGGUACCUAUGCGUGUGUCAGGCAGGCUACAACGGUUCAAACUGUGAGAAUGAUAUCGAUGAAUGUGCUUUGUAUCAACCAUGUAAUAAGACGGGAGAGGAAUCGUGUAAAGAUGGAAUCAAUAAUUACACCUGCAUCUGCAACCCUGGUUUUACAGGUACAGUAAUAAAAUAUAUUAUUUUACAUUACACUAGAAUAUUGAUGGUUGUGUACAUGUACUGUAUAUACUGUAUUGAUAUACUGUAAUUAGUAUGUAAUAUGGCCAGGGGUAUUCAAAAUAAGGCCGCUUUUACACUAUAACGCUACGGCUAGCAUUCCGUUAAAGGGAAAUGACAAUAUACAUUUUUAUUUUCUUACUUGAAAGAACUUUGGAACUAUAUAUUAACUUCUUUCACCGAUUUUUCAUAUCACAGCCGAAUUUCCCGCCAAAUUAAGUGUUUAAAUAAAAAUUCUCCCUAUAUAUCAGUCGCUAAGGUUGGCAGGUCUGCAAAAAUUUCGUAUUUUGACUUCGAUUUUAAGACUAAUAUUAUGAUUUUAUGAACUGAAAACUUGAUUAGCGAUACGGUCCGUUAGAAAACUGGAAUUAGCUGGGGAAUUAAAAAAAUGGGAUAAAAACAAACUGUUUACGUGACCUUCAUAUAGCUAUGGCCGUCAUUGGCGGCCAUCUUGGCUUUGCUUUUAGAUGAAAUUCUCGCUCCAAGUAUAUAUAGAGCUCACUGCUGUAUUUCUAAUUUCACAUUUUUGUGUUUAGGUCGGAACUGUUCGGAAGACAUCGACGAAUGCUCGCCGUCCCCUUGCAAAAACAACGGGACAUGCCAGAACUUGAUUGCGCAAUACAAAUGCAUCUGCGACUCCAACCACACCGGGGUGAAUUGCGAGAAAUUGGUUGACCCAUGCACGGCCUUGUCUCCUUGUCGAAAUGGCGCCACUUGUUACCCGGUCUCCGACUUCAACUACACGUGCGCAUGCGCGGAGGGAUAUGCGGGAAGACUGUGUACAGAUAGGACUACGUUGGGAUUUGAUGGGACAUUUUCAAUGACUGUAUCCGUCCCUCAAAUUUCGAAUAAUAUAUCAUUCAGCUGUCAGACUAAUUCUCGUGAAGGAGUGGUGGUCUCCCAGUCGAGGUUUUGGGUAUUGUCUUUGGUCUCGGAUAAACUUGAACUCGUGUGUGCGGUCGACUCUUCCAAAUGCGAAGUCGGGGGACCUGGAAUGUUUACGGAUUCCAACUGGCAUAAAGUAGAAGUGUUAUUUGACGGCUCCUCUGUUUCCGCCAAUGUUUCAAAGACGAUUUGCAACGUGUCGUGUGGGACAUCGCGCAGGCGGAGGGCGGCUUCCUCAGAGCUGGUCCUGGGCGCGGACGCCGGGGACACGGGCCAACCGAAGUUUGUUGGCAGUAUCCGGGACUUUAGCGUGAAUAAUGCUAAAUAUUAUCCAGGUAUUGUUACAAUAUUUUUAUUGAAAGUCAUGGCAUUUUUUAAUACCAUGGACAGGUGGCGCAUUUACCCCACUGGGCCCCUUCCUCUGCCCCACCACUGAUGGAAAAAAUGGCUUAUUACCCCAAAGCCAGGGCCCUGUAAAGACAUGACCUGUAUUAAGUAAAUGAGUUAAACAUUGAAAAGAAGUUUAAAAAUCAUUUUUUAGUGAGCAUGCUUAUAAACAUGUUGUGUUUGAAUGUUUAACAUGCAAUUUAUUACAAAUUUCACCAUUAAAACUUCUUUUUUAGAAACUGAGUUUUUUUUAAAAGGUGUUCUUAGAAUGCAGGAAAUGCUAUUUCAGACGCCCAAAUUUCAAAAGUUUUCUGGGGCAGCAUGCCCCCAGCCACCCCCCCCCCCGCCCUAGCUAGCUCAUGCCUGCGUUACUUUGCUCACACCUUUGGCAAUCGUACACUAUCUUGGGGGAAGGGCAAGGAAAAUCGGCCCUUUGGCAGUUUUUCCCCACCAGUGAAGAAUCCUUAAAAAAUGCACUGUUGAAAGUGUAUAAGUUGUUUUUGGAUGGAUGAAUGGAUGGAUGGAUCAACUUUACUUAAAAACACACUAAUCUUUUUAACAAUAUUAAUGCUGGUUUCCAAAAGUGUUGUGUACUAUUAUGAUAGAAUAAAUCCCCAUUAAUUACCUAUGAUGUAUAGAUAUGAAUUUGUUUAGUAAUAAGUACUAAAUUAAUAAAGAAAUCUAAGAAAUUUCUACUAUAAUUUAAGCAUGAUUAUUGUUAAAUGAAAAGGUCGAGGAAGAAAGCUUUUCACAAAACGAAAUAUAAGAUGCCGAAGUUCUUAUGUCUUUCGGAAUUUGAUUCCAGACAUGAGCCCCAUUUGGGAUUUGAUUCCAGACAUGAGCCCCAUUGCAUAAUGUUUUCUAGUUAUUCCUAUACGCUAAGCUAGUGAAUUAUUAUUUCUAGGUGUCGCCGGUGUUGCUACGGAAGGGAGUUUCAGUCUAGGAUAUCAACGGCAGAACGUCUGCUCCCCAGACCCCUGUGUGAAUGGCAAGUGUAAGGAUCUCUGGACACGCUACUCUUGUGAAUGUGAUAGGUACUGGGCCUCAAUUAACUGCACAGAAAGUAAGUUUGAUAUAUUUUUUAAACCAUGAGAAGUGAAAACCUCGUCUGACGGCUGACCCAAUGAUUUGCCAAACCCCCGAGAUUUUCUGGGACUUGUUUGUAGCCGUUACGUGGACCUAAAAACGUGAAACUCAAUUAUGUCAUUGAAAAUUUAAGUGCAGUAAAAUUUUAAACACUGUAAUUGCGGGAACCACUCAGUAUUUUAAGAAAAUACAAAAUAAUAUGGCGAUAAAAUACGUGGUGUCUCCACAAACAAAACUAUUAUAUAUUUUAUCGCCAUGCAAACAUACAAAGAACUUAUUACAAAAUAAUAUUUUGAUUUUUCAUUUUUAAAAUUCAAAAUGUUAUUCGGAGUUACUAUUAUUUUGUAUUUUGGUAAAAUUAAAGUUGUUUAUAAGUUAGAUUUGCGACGUGAAAAUCACAGUUUUUUGCUGGGAAACUCGGCAAAGUAAGAAAAAAACAAAAAAACAGACAGCACAGCAUUCGUUUCACAAUAGAAGGAAAACCACGAACAAGAAAGCGAACACACCUGUUAUUUACCAUCUUUAACUCAUUGGCACAUUGCAGUGUGGCCCAUUUAAAGGGGGAGGGGGUAAAAGCCCCCCUCCACAUUCCCUUCUGUGCAAAACUUCUGGAAAAAACCCUGAAAUUCCAUUCCAUGUAACAGUAAAUUUCUUGUGCGAAACUUUUUCCAGUGCUCUAAGCCCCAAUAUUCCACGUGAAAAUAUAGGAAAAUCUCAGGCCUGUUUUAUACAUCGAAUUUUGGUCGUGUCGAAUGCAAUUCAAACAAUAGAUGAUGAGAUGAUAAACCUCAUUAAGCUUCGUUAUCUAUUGUUUGAAUUGCAUUCGACGCGAUGGAAAUUUGACGUAUAAAACAGGCCUUAGUUCCCAGUAAAUCUAAGAUACCAAUUUUUAAGGUUAUCAAAAUUGAUCAAGUAGAACAAAUGUUAUGGCUUCAAAGUUUAAAAUAAAGUUCCGUUUACCUCAUUUAUAUAAGUUGGGGCAUGUGUUUACCUCAUUUAUAUAAGUUGAGGCAAAAAUUUACGUAUUCUGCAGUGAGUUCAACAAAAAUCAUAUGAUGGGAGACUGAUUUAAUUUUGUGUUUUGUUUCUAAGGUGUACUUUGGGGAACGUUUGGUGUGAUUAAUCAGCUAAACAAUGGCUACCGUCCGACCUCGAACAAGAGCUACGUAUCAUAUUCGUUGUCUACUACUUUUCAACAUCUCGCCUUUACUGUGAGAACGAGAUCGGCGUCUAGCUUAAUAAUACAACUCAAAUUCAACAAUUCAAUGUUUGUAUCGGUUGAGACAGAUAAUGGCGUCUUACGAUUACGCGACAAUAAUGGCUAUAUUAACUCGCAACAGAGUGGAGGUUUAAAGAUAAAUAACGCCAUCCCGCAUUAUAUUCAAAUCAACCGCACUAAGAUAACGAUAGAUAAUGCGACCUAUGACGUCAUGUUGACGUCACUUCCGAUCAGAACCGUGUUCGUCGGUGGACUGUCGGCGCCUGGUGACGAGGAGGUCAGUGCGCAAGCGCAGUUCCGUGGAUGUAUCCGUGAUGUGCGUCUCAAUGGUCAGCAGUUGCUGUUUUUUAAUCAAACUGCAGAUGGUUUGAACUCCACUCAAGAGAACAUCGCCGAAAGAUGUUCAGGCGAGGAUGUAUGUGCAAAUACAUCAGGUAUAAGUUAUAUUAUGUUGUAAUUUUGCAAGGGUCAAGCCUGAGAAUAAGCGCCCGGUCACGGACAUUGUACGGUACGAAAAGGUAAUUAAUUGUCCGGCACAACUGGUUUUUGUCCGGCAGCAUAUUAAAUUAUUAAUACAACUAUUGGUGAAACUGUCUACAACUGGCAUUAAAAAUUUCAUUGUAAUACAGUACUUAUCUUUCUUUCAAGAAACCCUGAAAUUCCUUGAAGUAGUAAUAGUAAGUGAAUUCACAAAAAAACACCCCAAUCGACUUGAACGUUUUACUGUGUUGACUGUUGACGUGCUUUCGUUGCCGUUGUAUUUGACAAGCUUUCUAUUAGGGAAACUACAGACUUUCACGUCUUGGAUAAAAACGCCUGCGUUUCAAGACGCUGGAUGUGAUACUCGGCAAAUUAGCACAGUACUACAGUAGAACUUUCUCAACAAUAAAGCCACUAUUUCAAACUUUCUUUACAAUAGUUUAUUUAAAUGAUUUUAUUCUGGCCCUUGUCGUUGUGUUGCCAUUCUACAUUGUGAGGUCUCUAUUAUGUAAACAAUGGUGUCUUCGAAAUGUUCUUUGUUGUAAUCUAGUACUGAAAAGAGCUUUUUUAUCGUAUUGGUUAUUUGAGCUGUCAUACACCCUUUUCAUAAAUGGCUGCCGAUUAAAAAUUAUUUUAUGUGCAUAUAAAGUGGCCCAACUAGCCUCGUACUCCUGUUAAGAUUUCAAAGGAAUUUCUACCCAGAAACGAGGCUAGUUCGGCCAAUUUAUAUGCACAUAAAAGAAUUUUUAAUCGGCAGCCAUUUAUGAAAGGGGUGUAUAUUCCUUACAAACCGAAUCGUUUGGUAUAAAGUGAAAUGAAAUGUUUUCAAUAAUAUUUCCUCCAAAUUAUUUAGGAACGACUGCAUGUUCUGGUCGUGGUAAUUGCACAGAUCUUUGGAACGACUUCCAGUGCGCAUGUCAGUUUCCAUAUGGAGGGGAUACCUGUGAACUUUAUGGAUGCGAGUGGACAAAUCCAUGUCCAGGGAAUGGUACAUGUGUGAACUUGAGGGACACUUCGGAGUAUGAAUGUAAGUUAGUUUAGAGUUUCAUACUUUGUUAUUAAAAUUUUAUUUUGUAGCAAGCAUCACUUCUGGUGAAAUGGCGGACUGUGCACGGUUGGCUGAGAAGCACUUUCAACGGUCCAUUACUUUCCCCGUAAUGAACCGGCAGUCCAUUGCGUAAAAACAAACACAUGCAUUUUAAAACAAAACAACAAAUCUAAUUGAAAAUUUGAAAAUUAUAAUUUAAUUUGUUAUUAUUAAAGGUGGAGUAAUACGAGCAACAAAAUUGCUGCAACAAAAUCUGAUUUCAACGCAUGUUAAGUAGAAAUGUUGACAUGACGUGUUGCCUCGUGAUUUGUAAUUUAUGGUAAACAUUUUCAAUUCACAUGCGUAGAAAUCAGAUUUUGUUGCAAGUUGCAGCAAUUUUGUUGCGCUCGUAUUACUCCAGCUUAACAUAUCUUGUGGAUAUUUAGUGGAAAAGAAGGAAUACAUUGGUAUUUUUUGUUUUCUUCGACCAAAUGUGUACCACGCUAUUAAUAUGCAUUUCAAAUCAUGCAUGCUAUUGUUUCAAGUAUAAAUGCCUAUAAAUGCUAUGUAAUAAACUUUUUAUUAACCUCGCUUGCUCGGUAUUUACAGAUCGGACUUCGGCCUUUUUGUCCUCGCCCAACGGGCUCAGACAAAAAAAAAGACAAAAAGUCCUCGGUCCGAUAUUCUCUGUACGGACCUCGCGUUCGGUUAAUAAGAAGUUAGUAUUUACUCUUAGUAUAGGACUAACAUUUGUCCGAAUCGUGAAUAGUACUAAACUAUCUCAUUAUUGUUUUUGGUUUUUUCCUCAGGUAUAAGCGAAGUUACGUUUAAUGAAUCUCAGUCUUCAGCAUAUUUUAGUAAUUCAACGCCAUUGUCAGAUAUGAACAGCGUGGUAACACAGUUUCGUACACGACAAAACAACACUGUCAUUCUUUCAAGUGUAUACAAUGCUACCACCUACUUUGAGAUAACCGUAAGUGAUGGAUACGCGAAAGUUCGGUACAAUUUGACUGAAAAUGUAACUGGAAUCGUAAGUACAGGUAAUGAAUGUGAACACUGAUUAUAAUUUUAAUACGCAAACUCUUUAGUUUGAACCUGGUUUGAGCUAGUUAAAGGAGAAUAAUGAGAAUUGAUGAGAGUUGAGAAGCGAGAGUUUGCAUUAGAGUUUUCUCAACUCUCAUACCCCGGUCAAAUGAGAACAAGAGUUGAUGACAGUUGACUGGAUAUACCGCGCGCGUAGCAAAACUCUCCGAUCAAGUCGUUGAGAGUUGGCCGGAUUAACGUUUCGCGGGGCCCCUUGGCAUAUUAUAAGAGCGGGGCCCCUUGACCCCCCCCCCCCCCCCCCCCCCCCCCCAACGACAUUUUAAACACUGAAUUCAGUUAAGAUUCAAAAAUCCUUUUGUAUUUCUUGAAUUGAAAAGUUGCCUGGGUAUAGUUUGAAUAUUAUCGGCAUUUAUACCAUUCACCCUGGAUGGUAAGGCCUUUGAAUAUUAUCAGCAUUACCAUUCAACUUGGAUGGUAACGCCGUUGAAUAUUAUCAGCAUAACCAUUCAACUCGGAUGAUUAUCCUGUUGAAUAUUAUCGGCAUUACCAUUCAACUCGGAUGGUUAUGCCGUUGAAUUUCCUAGCUAAUAAAACAGAGAUUGAUUGAAGCAAGAUUUUCGCAACUAUCAACGAAACGGCGCGCUUUAGGACGUGAUUUGACGGGACUAAUUACUGGUUAAAAAUUGUGCUUACACUCGCAAUUUCUCGACAGCUGAUUGUUCUCAAAGGUCUUGAAAAGUCUUUGAAAAUAGGCAGAAAAAAUCUUUGAAUUUUUUGGUCUUAGAGACUACGAACCCUGAUAUGCCACCUCUGCCUUAUGUUUAAUCCCGCACUGGUUUCAACGCGAUCGAGAGUUGCAGCUCUGAUCAACUCACGUUUGACCGGCGCUUAAGUUGAGCGACCAAUCAAAUUGCGCGAAAAGCGCUACCCACCUUCGGAGUAUGUGCUAAAUUGUUCUAUUUGUUGCAGAUACCUUCGUUUCUGACGGCAAAUGGCACGAGCUGAAAAUCGAAUCCACUGCAUCUCAAACUAACUUCGAGAUCUCCACCAUGGAACUUCGGCAGGAUAAGUUCACGUAUUUGAAUAAUCAUUCCGUUUCUAGAAACCUUUCUUUACUAAAUCAAUCCUUUGUCAAUCUUCUAUCGAUGGGAGGUGUACGCAUUGGAUCGUCGCCUAUUAAUAGCACUCGCGGUCAUUUGCUUGGCUGUCUGAGAGAAAUAAGACUUGGCAAACAUUUGUUAACGUUUGCUAUCGAAAAUGCAACUGUGAAUUCCGGUCCAGAGUUCAGUAUUGCUAAGUCCGCGUUUAUGAGUGCUGAUGUUACCAAUGUCCGAAUUGGUUGCCAUAGAAACAAUGUGUGUACGGGUUCCCUGUGCGGAAAUGGCACGUGUGUUGACGUUUGGAAUUAUUUCCAUUGCGCAUGUCCAGACGGUUAUCAUGGCGACCGUUGUGAGUUCAACCCAUGCACAUCUACUCCGUGCAUGGGUGGCACGUGUACGGUGCGUGGUACGAGCUUUGAAUGCGCGUGCGCGAAAGAGUACGCGGGUACUUUCUGUAAUGAAACGUGCAUUCAAGACUUUUGUAAAAAUGGCGGGAAAUGUGCGAUUUCUGGCGGGAAUCGGAUGUGUACAUGUGAAUCUGAUUGGACAGGCCAACUUUGCGAAGCGGCUAUACCACGUGACGAUGACGACGACGAUGAUGAUUUGCCGUUGAUUAUUGGCGUGUCCGUUGCUGGAGGUGUCUUGCUGCUAUUGGUUGUUGCCGUGAUAUUUGUAUGCACACGUCAGACAAGUUCUACGUUCGGGAUUUACAGUCCGAGCGGCGAAGAGAAAGCUGGAGCCCGGGUCGAGAUGAAUCCUGUAUUGAAUGUACCUCCCCCGGAAAAGCUUAUAUAGAAUACUUUUAUCUGCGUGCAAUACUUGGGGGGGGGGGUGUAGGUAGUGCGAAGCUGGGCUUGCUUGUUUGCUUAAGACAAAUAUCAAUAUAAUGAAUCUUUCUCCCAUUUGUAAGAGAAAUUCAUUACAUUUCAAAUUCACAAUCGGUCUGCUUGCUUCGUCGUUUCUGAUUUUAAGCAAGCAGUACUGUCGAUUCGUUGCCAUUAACCUAUUAACGAACUAAUUAUGCAUGUACGCGUGACAUAUAUGUGUCAAAAAUAAAAAUCAGAAACGAUCCUGUGAAUUUUCAUUGAUCCUGUCACGAUGAAACAAUUAUUUUUCCUUCGUAUAUGUAAUCAUAAUUAUAUAAUCAUAGCUAGACAACAGACCAUGAUGUAUAUUUUCAAUUUUUUUAUAACGCAGUGUAGAUAGAUAAGUUAUGUAUAAUAUUAAAUAGACCUUUUCAAGGUUUUUCAACUUCACAGCUGAAAAGAGCAUGCACUUUAUAAUUAGUAAAAUUGCAAAGUUUCGUUGUAUAAUCAUUAAAUUAGGUGGCUCUUGUAGGCUGCAUACCCAUACAGGCCCUGUUACACGGUGCAAUUUUUCAUGCAACUUGUCUCGCAAUGGCGUUGCGAGACAAGUUGCACGAGUUAUUGCACCGUUUAACAUGCCUUGCAAUGCUCAAAAUCUUUGCGAGACAAGUUGCAUGAAGCAUUGCACAGAGUAGAAGUCGGUUCUACUUUUGGCAACGAUUGCACUAAUUAUUUUUAGCAUUGUGUAACAUGGCUUCGUGCAACUUGUCUCGCAAUGUUUAUAGCUUGGAGAGUUCCUAUUGGCUCUCCCCAGUACACGCUAUAUUUUAAUUACAAUUUGGCGCCAAAUAGUGCCUUUCCCUAGUCUUUACGCAUGCCUCUGUUCCCUAUCGUUGCGAGUUGCAUGAAAAUCAUUGCAGCGUGUAACACCUCUUGCAAUGCAUUAUCAAAAUCUUUUUUUUAAACAUUGCGAGACAAGUUGCAUGAAAAAUUGCACCGUGUAACAGGGCCUUACAGUCUGGUUUCGCCUACAACUGUUGCCGACGUGUCGUGAACUGUUUCUCGUGAAUGAUUUUUAUGCUUGUUUCCAUAUGGUUGUAAAGGCCCGUCUACACGAUGCGAUUUUUGCUUACGAUUGCUGUAUGCAACUUGCUGACGCCAUCCCUGCGACUUUGUGCCGUCUAUCUAGAAGGUACGAUUAUUGUAUUUCUACUUUUUUUUUACUUUGUAUUGGUCACACUUCGAACAGGAGGCGUACCAAUUUCGCUUUCUCUCAUCUCAUUGUUGAUGUCCUCAAUUUUGAACUAUUUUCUCAUAAGAAAUGAAUGAAAGUCGCAACCUCGUUGUGAAAGUCGCAGGAUUUUAAAACAAGUUUUAAAAUUUUUACGACUUUUUUUGUGUUUCAUACGACUGCUGUAAGCAAGUUGUAGGGCUAUCUACACGGCACGAUUCGUGUCGCAGGGAAUGGCGUCAGCAAGUUGCAUACAACAAUCGUAAGCAAAAAUCGCAUCAUGUAGAUGGACCUUAACUGUAAGUUAGUUUCGUACCCAGGGAUCGUACAAUCAAAAUGAGAAAAAUCAAAAUGAGAAAAAUAUUAUUGGUAUUCAAUACUUUAAAAACAUCUUGGCCGCCGGAUCUUCGUAAAUUGUUUGUCUUUGUUCGCGACUCUCAUCCAAUUCCAACUAGAUCGUCUAUUACAGACUUAAAAGUUCCAUCAGUUAAGACUACGCAAGCUAAAUCCAAAAUUUCCUUCAGUGGUGCAAGUUUAUUUAAUUCUUUACCUUCCGAAUUAAAAGAUAUUGAAAAUCACUCAAUUUAUUCCUAUAAAAAGAAGCUGAAAACCUACUUUAUUCAAUUGAAUUAUGAAGUAGAUCACGUUAAUAAAUUCCGCUGCAUCGAUUGUAAGCAUAUUACUCAUUGUCAAUGUUACUCUCAUAUAGGAUUUUCUUUUUAUAUAUUACUAUUAGACAUCGAGGGCCAUUGGGAAGAAUACUAUAUUAAGUAAUCAAUGUAAUCCCUCAUUAAAUAAAGUUUUAUUAUUAUUAUUAUUAUUAACCUGCUGUCGGCCUUUGCCCCCCCUCCGAUUGUCGUAAAACUGUUGCCAAGCUGUCGUUUCCAUUAAAACAUAACCGUUUUUAGCCUGUCGCAACUGUCGUUGAGAUAGAACUCGAGCCUAUCACGACGACACUGUCGUAACUGUCGUGAACUGUUGCCAGCGUAUCGCGACAAGACGUUUCUUUAUGUAAUUCCAUUUGGUCGCGAAGACUACUCUGACGGCAGUUCCAACCAAUUCGCGACAGUUACGACCAUAUGGAAACCAAGUAAGUAAUUAUAUAACGGGGUAAUUAGCCAUUUCCCAAUCGAGCAGAGGACUGGGUCUAGUCACUUGUUUGGAGGGACAGAAAUAAACAAUAUGCCGAAUAUGGCAUCUAGGAAAUUUUCCUAUACAUUCCUAAAGUUAUUUCAUGUGCAGCCUGAAACGCAACAAUUAUAAUAAGGCAUCUUUUAAUAUAUAUUUAGCUCGCUCACUAUAAUUUGUUGUCCCUCCAAGCAUCAACUAGACCCAGUCCUCUGCUCGAUUGGGAAAUGGUUAAUUAUGCAUUCAGAUUACUCUGCCUAGCAAAGCAAGACAAACGUACAGUAAAAGCCCGCAUUUAAGAACCUAGAUUUUCCAAGUUAGCCUAAACAGGUUCUUAUGUAAAUGAUCUUACCAGGAUAUAACAGAUUCUUAAACAGGUUCUUAUUUCCUUAAGAGAAAAGCGACUCAUUUUAGGAAGGUAUGGUAUAUGAUCUAUAUAAGUUAUGAUCUUAAAAUGAUCUAAAAAUAUGUAACAUGCAGAAUAUAUACGGUCAGGUAUUCAGCCCUUAAUUUACUUUCAUCAAUACGUUUAAGGCAAUUUUACCACUAAACUUUGUAUGUUUACUAAUUUUGACGUGCUUGUUUCAGCUGCGGUGAUGGAAUUUUCAUAAAUCUUUGUUUGUGGAAAAGCCGUGACUAUCAUGUAAUUCACAAUAAUUGUAAUUUUGUAAUCUAGGAAACCGAAUGAUUUUAAAUUAGCGAA